AUGCCUCGCAUAGUUUCGAGUGCUCUCUGCCUGGCCAAGGGCGACGGCGACGACAUGACCGCUUCCCGCUACUCAGCGCAGCAGCGCCGCCUGGCGGACCUCGGGGACGCUGGCGGCAGCGCCUUCGCCCUGACCUCGCGCGGCAGCGGUCUACGACGAGGCCGGCUUCACUUCUGCGUUGGCCGCGCCCUGACGGGGCAGGAGGAGAUCGCUGGUGCGGCGGCCGCUGACGCCUCGGCCGACGUGCUUCGCGAUCUGGCUGCGGGAGCUAGGGAGUCCGAAACCAAGCUUUUGCAUGUCUUGGGCGCGCCCUUGCCCCGGCAGUUCGAGGUGCGGAGGCCCUUCCUGAUGAUGGUCUUGCAGAAGUUCAUGGAGGCCCUGAACCUACGCGCGGUCAGGCGCUCUUUGUUGUUCGAGUUCUACACGAAUAAUGCCCUCGCGCUCGUCGGCGGCGCCCGGAGCUUCUGGUUCCUCGAGGAUAUCCACGUGCAUUCUGGCGCCGCGGUGAAGGGCGACGGCAACGAGAAGUUGGCCACCAUCAUCCAGGACACGCAGACAGUCGACGGCGACGGCGCGCCCCGCCGGCCCCGCCGCGCGCGGCCUUUCACGAAUGUCCACGCGUGGACAGGCAUCGACGGCGCCCUCUUGAAACCCGCGGUCGCGAUGAAGACGGGGGACUGGCCAGACCUCAAGGCCGACAUGGGCUAUCUGCUCGACGCGAUGGCUGCCAAUCGCUCCAGCGCGGGUUUGCCGCCGCAGGCAAUGGCGCGCGCUAGCCACUCGACGGACGCGUGCGAGAAGCACCGGAAAUUACUGCAGUCGCUCUACCAGAGUAAGUUUCCAUCCCUGCGCUUUCGGGCGCACCCCGAGACGCCCAAAGGCAAGGCUCGGGAGUGUUCUGCGGCGGCCGCGCAAGGGCCGGGCGCGGUCGUCACCGGCGAGCCCGCGCAUUGCUUCUUCGAGGUCAGGCGCCUCCUCCCGUGCAUCGCCGACGACGCCGAGAUCUUCCUGGCAGAUUAUGCGGAUGCCAUCGCCCGCCUGUCGGCCGCUUGCCCCCCGCCGAGGGACGACGGCGCGGCCCCGCCGCGUGACCUGGAGCAGGAGGCGGAGAUCCUCGAGAAGUCCGCGGGCCAGCUCCCCCCGACGUUCUGGCAGGAGGCGGCGCUGGGCCCAGUCAACGCGCGGCGCGCCCGGGGCGCGCUGGCCCGAGUCGCUUGCCUGUGCGGCGCCCAGCUGGACAGCUCCGCCCCGCGCAGCAACUAUCGCACCGCCAAGGCCUUCAAGCGGCAGGCCGAGGUUGUCCAGGGCGCGCGCAGCGUCAUUGCGAAAAAGGUGCGCGACCACUUCCGCAGGGUGCGCGCCGCCGUGUCAAG